AUGUCGGAAAGGAAAGCUAUAAACAAGUAUUAUCCCGCUGAUUAUGAUCCUUCCAAAGCUCUUCGAAAGAAGAAAAAUCCCAAUGCGUCUAAUCAAACGAUCAAGAUACGAAUGAUGGCACCAUAUUCAAUGAGAUGUCUCAAAUGCAACGAGUACAUAGCUGAACGAAGGUCAUUCAAUGCAAGGAAGGAAACUACCAGUGAGAGGUACUUGAACAUCAAGAUCAUAAGGUUCUACAUUACAUGUCCUGGUUGUAACAAUACUAUCACAUUUAAGACCAAUCCAGCAGAAGCUGGGUAUACCCCAGAAGAAGGUGCUGUGCGAAAUUUCGAGUCAAAGAAAGGGAAAAGGAAACGAGAAGAGACCGAUGAUGAGCUAUUCAAAAGGCUAGAGAGUGAACAAGCGAAAGAUCAGGAGUACCAAAUAUUAAAGAAUAAAAGGAAAAGUAAUCCAUUUUGGACAAGCAAAGAUGAUUCUACAAGAGAUGUGAUGGAGAAGUUUGAAAAAAGGUUGGUGGAACAGCAAAAGCAGCAAUUGCUAACUCAAGAGUUGGAAUCUAUUCAAAGGCAGGUUGAAGCAGUGCGAGCCAAGGGAGGAGACGAGGCAUUGGUGGAUUUAGUGAAAACGAAAAUUGACACAAAGAAAGAGAAACUAAAAGAAGAAGAAGAAGAAGAAGAAGAAGAAGAAGAAGAAGAAGAAGAAGAAGAAGAAAUAAAAGAAGUGAAAGAAACACAAAGGCAGGUAGGCCAUGAUGACCUGAAAAUAAAUGGAAAUUCAUCAUCACCUCUUCUUCCACCACCACUACCGGUCAAAGAAGUGAAAAACAUGCUUAUGAAAAGACAAAUUCGUAUCCCUUCGAAAAUUCUUGCCAAAAAAAAAGAGUCACAGCUAACAUCAUCAAAAUUCGACUACUCCAGUGACAGCGAGUAA